CGUAAAGUGGCGGCCCUGUCCGCCGCGGGGUUCGCGGGGGUGGGCGGGGAGCGAAUGACCCGGGCCAGGGAGUACGGAACUCUAGCAGCCGCGGCGCGCGUCGAGGCCCGCGCAUAGGUGUGUGCAGCAAGCUAGGUGGGGCGACCGCACCCGCGCCCCGAGCCCGACCUAGCAGCCUGGCCCUUCCGGCGGAGAGCACGCGACGCCCCAGGCCGCCAGUUAAAGCGCUGAGGGCGAAGACGGACGGCCACCGUCUUCUCUGUGCGCCCGGAUCCUGCUCUUCGCGGCCGCCGAUCGUCCCUGCCCAGGUUCGGAGCUGUCCCUGGAAAAGAGAGUCUUCCUGCUCCUGUCCGUGGAUAAGAGGAACUGGGCUGGAAGCAUGUGGCCAGUCCUUAGAGGUUGGAAGAGAGGACGUGUGAGUCCACGUGGAGCCCUGGCACGGGCUGUGCUGGGCCAGUCAUGGCACCCCUGCGGCCGUGCUGUGGCCAGUGCUGCCUCUGUAGGCCAGGAUGAGUACAGCUUUGUGGUGGUAGGUGCAGGCUCUGCUGGCUGUGUGCUAGCCAACCGGCUCACUGAGGACCCAAACCAUCGGGUGCUGCUGCUAGAGGCAGGUCCUAAGGACUUGGUGAUGGGGAGCAAGCGUCUCCAGUGGAAGAUCCACAUGCCUGCCGCCCUUGUAGCCAACCUGUGUGAUGACAGGUACAACUGGUACUACCACACUGAGGCACAGCCAGGCCUGGAUGGCCGUGUAUUGUACUGGCCACGAGGCCGGGUCUGGGGGGGAUCCUCAUCCCUCAACGCCAUGGUCUAUAUCCGUGGACAUGCCGAGGACUAUAACCGCUGGCACUUCCAAGGUGCUGAGGGUUGGGACUAUGCGCACUGCCUGCCCUACUUCCGAAAGGCACAGAGGCACGAGCUGGGACCCAACAGGUACCGUGGUGGUGACGGCCCACUGCAUGUGUCUCGGGGCAAGACCAACCACCCCCUUCACCAGGCUUUCCUACAGGCAGCACAUCAGGCUGGCUACCCCUUCACCGAAGACAUGAAUGGCUUCCAACAGGAGGGCUUCGGCUGGAUGGACAUGACCGUCCACCAAGGGAAGCGCUGGAGCGCAGCCUGUGCCUACUUGCACCCAGCACUGAGCCGCCCCAACCUCAGGGCCGAGGUCCAGACCCUUGUGAGCAGAGUGCUAUUUGAGGGCACACGUGCAGUGGGUGUAGAGUACUUCAAGAAUGGCCAGAGCCACAAGGUGUACGCCAGCAAGGAGGUGAUCCUGAGUGGGGGUGCCGUCAAUUCUCCACAGCUGCUCAUGCUCUCUGGUAUUGGAAAUGCAGAUGACCUCAAGAAACUGGGCAUCCCCGUGGUGUGCCACCUGCCUGGAGUUGGGCAGAACCUGCAGGACCACCUAGAGAUCUACAUUCAGCAGGCAUGCAUGCACCCCAUCACCCUCCACACGGCCCAGAAGCCUCUGCGGAAGGUCUGCAUCGGUUUGGAGUGGCUCUGGAAGUUCACAGGGGAUGGAGCCACAUCCCAUCUGGAAACAGGAGGGUUCAUCCGCAGCCGGCCUGGGGUCCCCCACCCGGACAUCCAGUUCCACUUCCUGCCCUCCCAAGUGAUUGACCACGGGCGGAAACCCACCCAGCAGGAUGCUUACCAGGUACAUGUGGGGACCAUGAGGGCCACAAGUGUGGGCUGGCUCAAACUGAGAAGUGCCAACCCUCGGGACCACCCUAUGAUUCACCCCAACUACUUGUCAACAGAAACCGAUGUCCAGGACUUCCGUCAGUGUGUGAGGUUGAGCAGAGAAAUUUUUGCACAAGAAGCCUUGGCUCCCUUCCGGGGCAAAGAGCUGCAGCCUGGAUGCCAUGUCCAGUCAGACAAAGAGAUAGAUGCCUUUGUGCGGGCGAAAGCAGACAGUGCAUACCACCCAUCCUGCACCUGUAAGAUGGGUCAGCCCUCUGACCCCACUGCAGUGGUCGACCUGCAAACCAGGGUCCUUGGGGUAGAAAACCUCAGAGUCGUCGAUGCUUCCAUCAUGCCCAGUGUGGUCAGUGGCAACCUGAAUGCUCCCACAAUAAUGAUUGCAGAGAAAGCAGCUGACAUUAUUAAGGGGUAUCCUGCACUCUGGGACAAGGAUGUUCCUGUCUACAAGCCACAGACUCUGGCCACCCAGCGUUAAGGCAGCUACUGCCUAAGGAUAAUAGAGGAACUCAUGUCUAGAGAUCCAAUUCAUACAGCCAUGCCCCCAGAUAGUUCCUGAAACUGUAGAACCUUGGGACCCAGAUAUCCCUACUCAUGGUUAAGACCUUCAUGGUAUCUGAAGAAAUAAGGCCAUGGUAGUAAGUGAGGCAAAUCCCUUUUCCCAGUGUCUGAGGACCUUGGAAGAAGGCUAGCCUACAUACUGGGAUCCUCUUUCCGACCUCCUGGGGUUAAAAGUUAGGGAGGUUAACUCUUGCGUGAUCUCUCUCCAGCCAUCUUUAGUCCAGUGUUCUGCUGCCAGGAGUGGAAUGUUCCCUUCCCUGGCCUCCCACCUAAGGCCACUUCUGCAAAGGCAGGGUGCUUGAACUGGACUGGGUUCUCCAAGGAAGCUUUAGCUGAGGCCAAGAGCCAGGGCUGACACCUGAGCUCAUGUCCACAAUGAGAGGAAAGGCAGCCAGCUGGAGGGUACUGACCAUCCCUUCUCUUGCCUUGACUCAAAUCUGAAAAGUGAGGUGCAGGGAUGGGGGCUCAAGUGACCACACAACUCACCUGCCUUUUCCUGACUCUCCUUACAAGAAAACAAAGACCAAAGGCAUUUUGGAUUAGUUUUUCUAAGAUGGCCAAAGCCACCAUCUCUAGCAGGGAAGAAAAGAAUCACUGUAUAGAAACCUGCAUUGUGAGGCCCAGAAUAGAGUGGGAUAUCAGAAUCCCAGGCUCCAUUAGGGUUGACUGGGAGUGGCAGGAGCCACCGUCUGUACGUCCGAGAAAGGCCUUUCAGAAAGGUUGAAGCAAACCAUCGCAUUUCUUUCAAAAUUGCUUUUGUUUCGUCUUACCUGUGCCUUGUCUUCUUCUUUUUCACCCAAGAAAACCCUAGGUCUGCCAAGAGCUUCUCACAGAGCAGGUGCCACAUGGCAGCCAUCCGUGGCAUCCUUGGGAGUGAGGGUGUCACCCCUGGUAGGGCCAUGUUCUGCUCUCAUGCAUAGCUGUGAUAAGAGAAAAUUGAACUCCACCGAGCUCCUCAGUUAUAGCCAGGCCUUUCUCUCACUGUGGCAUACCAAGGCAGGUUCCACGUGUUGGUAUGGCUUAGCCACACAAGGAAACGCGCCUCUGGAGACGAAAAGUGAAGCUUAUAUGCCCUGAACUCAAAGAUGUCAAGUGGGGAAUUGCUGUCGGGGUUCAAACUCAGGAUAGAACGUGGGAUUCAGAGGCUUCCUUGCCGGAGUCCUGAUGGCCUAACAUGGCAGCUCCUGUUUCCAGCCUGAGUAGAACAGUCCUGCCUGCAAUGCUGAAUCCAAAUGCCAGGGCUGUCUGGAAGUCCCAGUACCAUAAGGGAGCCAGAGUGGUGGAAUGAUGCAAGCCUGCUUGGGUUACAAAGUGGGGCUCACACAGGCUCAUGGGGAACUGGACAGACUUUGUUUUAGCUAAGCACGCUCCUUGGCAAGGAGCCCGUCAUGCCUAAAACAUGGAAGGCCACAUGUUGCCAAAGCUGGUGCACACACAAUCUUGUGAGCGCAUGGCCCAGAGUUGACCCUUAGAAUCAAGCAGCAGCUGCUGCACUUGUGAGCUGUGGGGAGCCCUGCUGUGUUGAGAGAACUUGCAUGUAUCUCCAUGGGCCAAAUGUUUCUGACAGAUCUUGGGGGAGACAGGAACAACUCACCAGCAUGACCGGAAACAGUCACAGAAGCAGGAGGUGGAAGCACUGUGACAUUCAAGCUCUUCUGCCUCCAGUGCCAGCUGCAGGGUUACUUUCCAUAUGCAAACGGGCUCUUCCCACCUGCCACACCGUGUUCCUGGGGCCCCAAGGUUUUCCAUAUUUCCACUGAUAAACUACCAAGAUAUCAAAUCUAA